AUGCUCUCGCGAAAGAAAAGUAAAAACGAAGCGUCGAAACCAGCCGAGGUACACGGGAAAUAUGUGAAGAAGGAAACGUCGCCGCUCCUCAGAAAUCUUAUGCCCUCAUUCAUUCGCCAUGGACCCACAAUUCCUAGACGAACAGAGGGCCCCCCUCCGGAGAUGGGGCCUUCCUCCUACCCGGUGGCAGCCAGCCGGGAGUCCGUGGUGGCCCGCAACAAGAGCGUCCUCCGCCCGCACGUGCAGAGACCCCCGCACGAGGUGGCCCGCCGAGAGAGCCACCGCAUGUCGGCGCCCCCGUACCUGCCCCGCAGUCUGGGGGACCUGUCCCACGAGUACCGGGGGUCGUCGCAGUCCUUCCUCACAGACGUGAGCCCCAUGUCAGAGAAUGGAGACGCUGCCCGGUAUUAUUACCCUGAAUCCUACUAUGACAACCCGCAACACCAGCAGCGGCAGCAGCAGCAGCAGCAGCAGCAGCAGCAGCCCAGGAGAGUCCCAGAGUCCCGCUUUCCUGAGGACUAUAGAUAUUACGAACACAAUGAACACAACUUCCAAAGAUUUCCUCGCCAACACACCCCUCCAGCUCCAAGCCGACCUCCUUCAGGCAUAGGUCGAAUACAGGCCAAGUCGCUGGGGAAUCUCUCCAGCCUGACGGGAGAGGACAUCCCCCUUCCGGCCGGCUGGACCGUCGACUGGACCAUCCGUGGCAGGAAGUACUACAUUGACCACAACACCAACACGACCCACUGGAGCCAUCCUCUGGAGAGGGAGGGGCUCCCGCCGGGCUGGGAGAAGGUGGAGUCGGCCGAGUUCGGGGUUUACUACGUGGACCACAUCAACAAGAGGGCUCAGUAUCGACACCCGUGCGCCCCGAGCGUGCCCCGCUACGACCAGCCGCCGCCGCUCCCUCCCCCCGUGGCCUAUCAGCCGCGCCCGGCCGAGAGGAACCAGCCGGUGCUGGUCCCAGCCAACCCGUACCACACGGCCGAGAUCCCCGACUGGCUGCAGGUGUACGCCCGCGCACCGCUCAAGUACGACCACAUCCUGAAGUGGGAGCUGUUCCAGCUGGCCGACCUGGACACCUAUCAGGGCAUGCUGAAGCUGCUCUUCAUGAAGGAGCUGGAGCACAUCGUCAAGUCCUACGAGGCCUACCGGCAGGCGCUGCUGUCCGAGGUGGAGGCCCGCAAGCAGCGGCAGCAGUGGUACAGCCAGCCGCCCGCAAACAACUUCAUAGGGAACAUGUGAGGCGCCCCUCCAAUCACAGCUGACUCUUACACGCCUCUUUUUACCAAACACAUCUGUGCCUUCGCUUCAUCCAAAUAUACCAGACAGGAAGUGGAGGCGCACGCCCACAGAGGAGGGAGGGGCCGUCCAUCCACGUGACGCUAACUUUACAAAUGACUGAAAAACAAACAAAAGAAAAGACAAAACACUCAAAUGAAGACAUAACGCGCUACUUUUUGGGAGGCUGCUUGUGGUGCCUUUUUUUUUUUUUUUUUUCUUCUCCUUCUUUUUUUAAAACCACUGAACUCGUUACUUUUCACGUUUGGAGGCAGAGAAUCCGAGGCUGGAAAAACCUUCUCGGCCCCUUCGUUUAAAUACAUCCUGAGAUUGUGCCUUUAAUCAAGUAAAAAGCAGCAGUUUUAUCAUGUCUGCUCAUAUCGCAUAUACGCCAGCUACUGUCUUUUUUUUUUUCUUUUUUUUUUUUUCCCCUGCGAGAGGCAGCUUCUUAUUUAAACACUUUUCCUUCUUCUUUGUAACCAUCAUAAACUGAAACCAUACUCUUAACAGUAAACAAAGCUUCAGUCGCACCUGUUCCUUUUUAUUUUUAUUUUCAUAACUCUGUAUACUUUAUAAGACAAUCCACCAAAACUUUAACUGAUAUUUAAAUUUAGAUGUGAAACACGUCUCUAUUGAAGGCCUUGGACGGCCGAGGCGUCGCAUUUGAUGCAGAUGUAUGAGCAUCUCAGCUCAGCCUGGCUCAACUGUAAGUCAGGACUUUGUUUUUUUUUUAUAUACGUGUGAGAAUGAACACAGAUAAGCUACUGGAACUUUUUUUUUAAAUCUCUUAAGUUUGCCAAAUAAGUGCAAUUUUCCCCUCCCUUUUAUCUCUCUCUCUCUCUCUCUCUGGAUUUUUCUUGCCUGACUUUUGCGGGCCCACACACCCGCUCUGAUUUUUUUUACUGAAGCUCAGGUUCACAUGAACUUAUUCCACCGAUGGCGUCCACAACUAAUGGCGCUCACAAAUGUCUCCACAGGUGUAACAUAAGCCAUUUUCAGCCGUUUAGUGGGACGUACAACUAGAGAAGAGGCUGAAACAUUUUU